AUGGCUCCUUCUACUGAGAAUUUCUUUCUGCUCAUCGCGCCACUUCUUCUACUACUUCUAGCUUAUACAAGCUUUCUUUUCAUAUCGGGGAAAUCCCCGUCCCUCAAACGCCGCCGUAUCAAACCCCCAACUCCUCCGCCGGGCCCACCGGCCCUGCCCAUCAUCGGCCACCUCCACCUCGUCGGCAAAGUCCUGCCCACAUCUUUCCAGGCCCUGGCCCAAGCCCACGGCCCACUGCUCACCCUCCGCCUCGGGCUCUCCACCUGCGUCCUGGCCUCCAACGCGUCCACCGCACAGCAGAUCUUCAAGGCCCACGAGCUCAACUUCUCGUCCAGGCCCGAGUUCGGCUCGGCCCAGUACUCCAUCUACCGCGGGUCCAACUUCGCCAUGGCCCCCUACGGCGACUACUGGCGCUUCAUGAAGAAGCUGACCGUCACCCGGCUCCUCUCCCCCGCCCGGCUCCGCCUCCUCGCCGGCGUGGUCGACGAUGAGAGGCUCCGGCUCCUCAGAUCCGUCGCCGCCGGCGACGGGAAGGUAUGCGAUCUGGGGAGCGAGCUGACGGCGAUGACGAACAACGUGAUCUGUCGGAUGGCGAUGAGCACGAGGUGCUCCGGCGAGAGUGAGGAGGCGGAGAGGGUCAGACGGGUGGUGGCGGAGUGUUUGGAUCUGGCCGGGAAAUUGAGCUGCGGGGACGCGUUGGGCCCGUUUUUUUCGGUGCUGGAUUUUUCGGGGAAUGGGCCCAAGCUGUUUCGGGUGCUGACCGAGUUCGAUGGGCUGGACAUAUUCAUCGCCGGGACAGACACAACAUCAACAGCAAUGCAAUGGGCCAUGGCAGAACUGAUCAACCACCCAGCCGCAUUCAAAACCCUCAGGGACGAAAUCAACGCCGUCGUCGGUCGACCAAACCAGCUCAUCAAAAGCUCCGACGUCCCAAACCUGCCUUUUCUCCGAGCCGUGAUCCACGAGACCCUCCGCCUCCACCCUCCGGCGCCCUUAAUCAUCAGAGAAUCCGCCGACGACUGCCAGGUCAACGGCUUCACCAUCAAGCGCAAGACCCGAGUUUUAACCAAUGUCUACGCCGUCAUGAGGGAUCCGCAAUGCUGGAAGAACCCAGACGAGUUCAUUCCGGAGAGAUUCAUGGAAGAUUCCGGUGAGAAAAUUGAGGGCGGGAAUUUUGAUUUUCGAUACCUUCCUUUUGGGAGCGGGAGGAGAGGGUGCCCCGGCGAGUCGCUGGCGAUGAUGGUGAUGCACGCGACCGUGGGAGCUCUGGUGCAGUGCUUUGAUUGGGAGGUUGAGGGCGGGGAGAAGUUGGACAUGAGUCUUGUCGUCCUCGAUCGUCUGUGGCUUGGUCAUGAGAUGGAAGAAAAAUUAGAUCUGGAAAAGGAAAGCCACCACUGGGUAGCCUACGCUGCGGAGGGUUCUCGUCGAUUGGAUUUGUUGGGUUCUCCAAUCGUCGUCGAUUGA